AUGCAAUCUGUUAAUUACUCGACUGAAGAGAUGAAGCCAUUGAAGAUCAAAGUAGCAGCAAUCGUUGUAGCUCUGAGUUUGUGUUACGCAUGCGUCAUAGCAGAGCAAGCCAAAAGGACUUACAUAGUUCACAUUGACAAGUCCAACAUGCCAGAACGUUUCACCCAUCACUCCCUAUGGUAUGAUUCAUCUUUAAAAUCUGUCUCAAAAUCAGCAUCUAUGCUUUACACAUACGAAAACGUAAUCCAUGGUUACUCCGCGAGGCUCACACCUGAGGAAGCUGAAUCGCUUGGAAAACAGUCUGGAGUUCUCUCAGUCCUACCUGACGUUAGAUAUGAACUGCAUACAACUCGAACACCGGAGUUCCUUGGAUUAGGAAACAACAGCGCUCUCAUCUCCACCACUGCUUCAACGAGUGAAGUGAUUGUUGGCAUAUUGGAUACUGGAGUUUGGCCCGAGCUGAAAAGUUUCGACGAUUCUGAGCUUGGACCGGUGCCAUCUGGGUGGAAAGGCAAGUGUCAGGUGGGGCAAAACUUCAGUUCAUCAAGCUGCAAUAAGAAACUAAUUGGUGCCAGGUAUUAUUUACAAGGGUAUGAAGCUGCGUUGGGACCUAUUGAUGAAACCAUGGAAUCAAAGUCUCCAAGAGAUGAUGAUGGACAUGGUACUCACACAGCAACUACGGCUGCCGGGUCAGCUGUGCCUAAUGCCAACUUACUAGGAUAUGCUUCCGGGACGGCACGCGGGAUGGCUUCACAUGCCCGAGUGGCCAUCUACAAGGUGUGUUGGCUUAAUGGGUGUUUUAUCUCUGAUAUUACGGCAGGCAUGGAUAGAGCUAUUGCGGAUGGUGUCGAUAUUAUGUCAAUGUCAAUUGGCGGUCAUAUAACAGAGUACUAUCUUGACAUUAUCGCCAUUGGAGCAUUCACAGCAGCUGCACAUGGAAUUUUUGUAUCUUGUUCAGCGGGAAAUGAAGGACCUGAAGCAGGCAGCUUGUUAAAUGUUGCGCCAUGGAUAACAACCGUUGGUGCUGGAACAUUAGACCGUGAUUUCCCAGCCUCUAUUACUCUCGGAAACAACAUGAGAUACACUGGGGUGACACUUUAUAAUGGAAAACAGUUAUCUAAUUCCACGGUGCCAUUAGUUUAUGGUGGUAGUGUGAGUAAUUCCAGUAGUAGAAGUCUUUGCAUGGAUGGAAGUUUGAUUCCAGAAAAGGUUAGGGGGAAAAUUGUGGUAUGCGAUCGAGGGGGGAGUGACAGGGUUGAAAAAGGAGUGGUGGUGAAGGCUGCUGGUGGUGUAGGGAUGAUUUUGACAAACACUUUAAAUUUUGGUGAAGAGCUACUUGCCGAUGCACAUCUCUUACCUUCAGCAGCCGUUGGUCAGAUAGCUGGGGAUUCAAUCAAGAAAUAUAUAUCUUCUGAUCCCAAUCCAACAGCCACAAUUGGUCCUGGAACCACAAUGUUAGGUGUUCAACCAUCUCCCGUGGUUGCAGCAUUUAGUUCAAGAGGUCCGAAUCCGGUCACUCCAGCAAUAUUUAAACCAGACAUUAUUGCACCAGGAGUCAAUAUCCUUGCAGGAUGGACUGGUGAGGUUGGCCCGACCGGAUUGGCCAUCGACCAAAGGCAUGUAAACUUCAAUAUCGUUUCAGGCACAUCAAUGUCUUGUCCCCAUGUUAGUGGUUUAGCUGCAAUUCUCAGAGCUGCUCAUCCUGAAUGGAGUCCAGCAGCCAUUAAAUCUGCCCUCAUGACCACAGCCUACUCAACUUACCCAAAUGGUGAAAAGAUUAAAGAUGUUGCCACAGGGGGACCAGCAACACCAUUUGAUUAUGGUGCCGGGCAUGUUGAUCCAAUCGCAGCCCUCGACCCUGGCCUUAUCUAUGACACCACCAUCGACGACUAUCUUGGUUUUCUUUGUGCGCUGAACUACACAUCUAGUCAAAUUAAAGCCACUACGCAAACAAAUUUCACUUGUCAGAAAAGCAAAAAGUACACCCUGGGAGAUUUUAAUUAUCCAUCCUUCUCUGUUCCCUUCCAAACUGGGUCGCGCAGCACCGUGAAAUAUACAAGGACCGUUACAAAUGUGGGUGUACCAGCAACAUACAAGAUUUCACUGUAUUCGCAGACACAAGCAGUGAAAAUGUCGGUUGUGCCAGCAAUAUUAAGUUUCAGUGCACAAUACGAGAAGAAGAGCUAUACAGUGACAUUCAGAGCUAUUUCUAUGCCACCUGGUUCAACUGGCUUUGCCCGUCUGGAAUGGUCCGAUGGUAAGCACAUUGUUCGUAGUCCAAUAGCUUACAUCUGGACAUAACAGGGCUGUCCACUGCUCUCUCUUGCAGUAUAAUGAACCCAACUUAUACUAAUAUUAUAGCAAUGUAAGGACAAGGUGGGUGAAUAAUUGUACAGUGAGCUUCCUGUAUGAGGAACUGGCAUAUGAAAUUAUACUAGAUUCAUAGUUAUAA